AGAGAGAGCGAGCGCCCGAGAGUUCUAGCAUCAUCGCCAUUCACAACCAUCCUCCUCUUCAGCAGCAUCAUCAUCAUCGUUGCUUAUCUGAGCGCGGUCGUACGUCACGUUUUGGCACCAAGUGGCUUGUCUUCAGCCAUGACCAAAGAGGAGGACCUGGAGAUGCAGGAGAAGGAGCGGCACGACCGCGACGACCAGGAGGACGACGACAGGGUCCAAAGGGAGGAGGAGCUGACAGAGGAGGAGGAGGAGGAAGACGAGGAAAGAGCAGAAGAUGAAGACGAGGAGAGAGCAAAAGAUGAAGACGAGCGGGCCGAGGAGCGCCAGGAUGACGACGAGCGGGAGGAGGGAGGACAAGGUCAGCGGCUGGCGCCGCUGCUCGACGAGUCGCCGUCCAGAGAGGCCGACGAGAGCCAGCUGCAGUCUGUGUCUGCGCUCCAGAGUCCGGUCCGCCAGACCCCACGUCGGGCCGUGGUGCACCCCUCGGCGCAGGCGCCCCUCCCCAAAGACUACGCCUUCACCUUCUUUGACCCCAAUGACCCGGCCUGCCUGGAGAUCCUCACGGACCCCCGGACCAGCAUCCCGGAGCUGUUUGCCAUCGUGCGCCAGUGGGUUCCCCAGGUGCAGCACAAGAUCGACGUCAUCGGCAACGAGGUGCUCGUCCGUCCGCAAAGUGGCCCGACUCUGGGCUCUUUUUCAAGCGUGCUCAUCCGUCCGUCCGUCCGUCGGUCGGUGUGCCUUUGUCAGAUUCUGAAGCGCGGUUGCCACGUGAACGACCGCGACGGUUUGACCGACAUGACGCUUCUCCACUACAGCUGCAAGGCGGGCGCGCACGGCGUGGGUGACCCGGCGGCGGCGCUGCGUCUGAGCGGCCAGCUCAUUUCUCUGGGCGCCGACGUGAGUUUGAGGAGUCGCUGGACCAACAUGAACGCGCUGCACUACGCCGCCUACUUUGACGUUCCGGAACUGGUCCGAGUCCUGCUCAAGGCCGCUAAUCCCAGAGGUAGAAGCGCUGCGACCGGUGCCACUCUUUCGGGUCAGCGGGCUAGCAAAGUCUUUUGUGCGUGCGCGCCAGUUCUCAACUCCACCUGCAGCGACUUCCACUACGGGACGGCUCUGCACAUCGGCGCCUCCAACCUGUGCCUGGGUGCAGUCAAGUGUCUUCUGGAGCACGGUGCCAAUCCCGCCGUCCGGAAUGAGAAGGGGCAGGUCCCCGCCGAGGUGGUGCCCGACCCCAUGGACAUGAGUCUGGACAAGGCCGAGGCGGCCACGGUGGCCAAAGAGCUGAAGCGGCUGCUUCUGGACGCCGUCCCGCUGAGCUGCCACCUGCCCAGAGCCACGCUGCCAAACUACGACAACAUUCCCGGGAACCUGAUGCUGUCCUCGCUGGGCAUGAAGCUGGGCCAGCGGGUGGUGCUGGACGACACCAAGACGGGGACGCUCAGGUUCUGCGGUACCACAGAGUUCGCCAGCGGGCAGUGGGUCGGCGUGGAACUGGACGAGCCCGAGGGAAAGAACGACGGCAGCGUCGGCGGCGUUCGCUACUUCAUCUGCCCGCCCAAGCUCGGGAUCUUUGCCCCGGCGUCAAAGAUCUCCAAGCCUGCAGAGAAGAACAUCUCGUCCGUCACCUCCACCCCUCGGACCCCCCGCCGGGACCUGGCCUCGCGCCUCGCCGGGAAGACCAAGAAAGACAAAGACAAGAAGGAGAAAGGCGAGCGCAAUAAAUCCGCUCCGGAGUCGAGCGGGACCAAUAAAGCCAGGCGUGCUUUUGCCCUGUGCCUCGCAGCCCGCAAGAAGAAGACGUCGGCCGUCAGUCCCGAAGCGGAAGGACUCGACGCCCAGGUGGGAGAUCAAGUCCUGGUGGCCGGCCAGAAGAACGGCAUCGUGCGCUUCUUCGGGAAAACCGACUUUGCGCCAGGUCUGUGGUUCGGUGUGGAGCUGGACCAGCCCACGGGCAAACACGACGGCUCCGUAUUCGGGGUGCGCUACUUCAGCUGCCUGCCCAAGUACGGCGUGUUUGCGCCGCCCUCCCGGGUCCAGAGGAUGGGAGGACCUAAAGAAGGCUCACAGAAUGAGGAGGUGUCCACGGUGAAGAAGGUCCACCAAGUCACCAUGGCUCAGCCCAAGCGCAACUUCAGCGCCGUUCGCUCUCCUAAAGAUCUGACCUCCGAGAGCUCCAUAUCCAGGUUGCUCUUCUGCUGUUGGUUCCCGUGGAUGCUGCGAGCCGAGAUGCAAUCCUAAAGGCGUGGGUCUGUCCGUCCGUCCGUCCGUCCGUCCGUCCGUCCGUCCUCCUACUACCUACAGCUGUGGUGGUCCGAGCCGCCCAAACUCCUGUCCCGCGCUGUCAGCUCACGUGUCUUCUCCAGUCUUUCCUUACACUCUUCUUGAGUGCCUUGUCCAUCGGAUGUUCUCCGUUCCUGCUGAAGAAAGCCUCGCUGCCGCCGGCUCGCACUCGGCUAACGACUUUAGCUCGUAGCUCAGUUUUUGUUUUGUUUUUUGGUCGAGUGCCACGUGAGCUGCAAAAGCGGCCGCACGCCCGCUGGCCGGCCCACUGGCCGGCCCGCUGGCCGGCUGGCUUUUGUGCUUUGCGUUCAUCUCUUGUAGCUCUUGAUGUCUUUUGCUUUGGUUUUGUUGUUGUUUUUUUCAAACCAUCUCACCGAGCCACGCCGUCCGUCCAUGGUUUGAACGGAGAAAUUGUUUGCAAUGUGACAAAUGAAGCAAAUUGUGUUUUUUGUCUGUUGGACGGCGAGAACAAGAAGGUUGUUGGCAGCUCCGUUCUCUGCAUCCAUCAGAUUGUUGAUGGCGAAAGGAGCACACAUUUGUAGACUUGAUCCAAAUGGAGUUGAUGAGCACCAAAAGUGCAAAGGGAGCCCAAACAUUUGUGCACUUUGCAAAGUCUUUCUGCCUUUCUUUGGAGCAUUUUCAACUUUGAGCAUUGCCAACAUGGCAAACAACCAGCAUGUUUCUGAAGGCCCCUUCUUGUUUGCUUUGUGGCGUGGCGUGGCGCAGCUGGUCAGAAGAAUUUGCCGCCACUCUGGGGCAAUGCCACACGUUGGCCGGCCACACGCUUGGGCUUCCUUUGCUGUCAGCUCCAUAUUGUUGCACAUUCACGUACGGUCGGUCUCCAACUAAAUCCACCUUGUGCAAUGAGCGACCAACCACCAGGCAGGCAGGCAGGUAGGCAGGCAGGUAGGCAGGCAGGCAGGCAGGCGACAAAGUUCUUUGAAAGGACAAUUUUGCCUCAACAAAGCGGUCAGUUUGACGACGACAAAAGCGCUCGCGUGAAUAUGGAUGAGCCGAAAUGCCGCGAGCGGGUCUGGUCCAACUAAGCUCAAAACAACAUCACCGUGACGUCACCAAGUGUACUUUUGUGCGUACUUUUGCAUGCUGUGUACCGUUGCGUAGAUGUUCUUUCUCAUCUUGUCAUUAGCAUGGAAAUGCAUCCCAUAAUAGGAACAAGUGCUGUCUGUCAUUUGGUCAAUAGGAUACAAAAUAAACCACUGGAUGUUGGGUUUCUUUUUUGA